UAGGGGGCCUCAGCAAAUGCAUCCCCAAGUCUUGGCUCUCUUGGGAGGACCUUCUGGCCAUUUCCUGUUGCCAGCUUCCUCUUUCCCUUGCCUUUCCGCCAGACAUCUUUGAUCUGCUGUCUGGAUUGUAAAAGAUGCUGGCUGUGCUUUUCCUACUCUGUAGACCUUACAAUGUUGCUGUGUGAGGGCCACUUCCACCAGCCAGCAUCCACAUGUCUAUGUGCCUGGAAACUCUCUUCUGUGCCUGGAGAGGUGGGAGGCAGCUAUAAUCUUGGGGGAAUGAAUACCUACUAGGAGCAACCUUCAUCCAAUGACUAACAGGAGCUGGGGUAUCAAUUCCCCAGCUCCCCAGCACUCAGGUCAUUCCUGCACAGGACAGUCCACCAUGGCCUCAGACCACCAGACCCAGGCGGGCAAGCCACAGUCCCUCAACCCCAAGAUCAUCAUCUUUGAGCAGGAAAACUUUCAAGGCCACUCGCAUGAGCUCAGUGGGCCCUGCCCCAACCUGAAGGAAACUGGCGUGGAGAAGGCAGGCUCUGUCCUAGUGCAGGCUGGACCCUGGGUGGGCUAUGAACAGGCCAACUGCAAGGGCGAGCAGUUUGUGUUUGAGAAGGGUGAGUACCCCCGCUGGGACUCAUGGACCAGCAGCCGGAGGACGGACUCCCUCAGCUCCCUGAGGCCCAUCAAAGUGGACAGCCAAGAGCACAAGAUCAUCCUCUAUGAAAACCCCAACUUCACCGGGAAGAAGAUGGAAAUCAUAGAUGACGAUGUACCCAGCUUCCACGCCCAUGGUUACCAGGAGAAGGUGUCAUCUGUGCGGGUGCAGAGUGGCACGUGGGUUGGCUACCAGUACCCUGGCUACCGUGGGCUGCAGUACCUGCUGGAGAAGGGAGACUACAAGGACAGCAGCGACUUUGGGGCCCCUCACCCCCAGGUGCAGUCCGUGCGCCGUAUCCGUGACAUGCAGUGGCACCAACGUGGCGCCUUCCACCCCUCCAACUAGUGCCCUCCCCACCAUGCCUCCUUCCCAGGACCCAGGUCUGCUGCCCAGGAACCCUCCAUACCUCCCAGAGAGUGAAUAAAGUGUGACUUGCAACUUG